AGUCAUUUUAGCUGUAUCUCCAGAUGCCAUCGGUUACCAGAUGGCAGCUGCAAAGCCUACCACCGAAAUCGAUCUCUCUGGUAUCGGCUUCGAACGCCUCCAGCAUAUUGGUCGCGGACAGUAUGCCACUGCACAUCUUGUCAAAGAGACAGCCUCAGGCUCGACGUACGUCGCGAAGUGCGUGUCGAUGACGGCGCUGAACGAGCACGACCAGGACCUCGCGCACCAGGAGGUGUUCCUUCUCGAGACGCUCAGCCACCCGUACAUCGUCGCCUACCGCGCGAGCUUCCUCGUCGAGGAGGUGCUGGUCAUUGUAAUGGAGUACUGCGAUGCGGGCGAUCUACGAAAGUUCAUCAAGGAAAAGGCGAAAGCGAAAGAACACAUCCUGGAGGCGCAGGUGAUGACGUGGUUCGUGCAGCUCUGUCUCGCCCUCCAGUGCCCUUCCCGACGACUGGGCACCUGUUUUCCUCCCAUGUUGACUAGAUGCAAUGCGCUCGCGUAGACCCUGUUUCAAAUCUGUCCGUUUCCCAUCAGCAAAGCCUCGCAGGCCUAGAGGUUGACACCAACACCAAUAUCGGCGGUGUUCCUCCACCGUGGGAAGAGGAUCCCGAUCUCGGUGAUGGUGGUAAUAUUCGGGCUGCCAAGGUGACCGA